AUGGCCGACCCUUUCCAACCUGACAUCAUGCAUACCGGAGAACAGAAUUUUUUGAGGAUUAGGAGUGCGCAAACCACCGCUGAUGACUACUUCCGGAAGUUUCUUGUGAGCAACACAUUGGCAGAUAUCGAUUCGGCCAUCGACCUAAUCGAGAAAGAGGAUCGCAGAGUACCAUCAUUGAUAUCCAAUUUGAUAAGGAUUGGUGAGUACAGACGUAAUAAAUUUGAAGUCACUUCCGACUCAAGCGAUAUCGACCGCUCUAUUGGAGCAUUCCACGCUGCGCUGCGCGCAGUACCACCAGACCACCCGCAGCGAAGUCAACUUGUCAUGUCGACGAUAAAAAGCAUUAGUCAGGCUGAGAAGCUCCUUGAGGGAUCGGGGCAAUAUGAAACGACAUUAUCGGAGCUAAUUAACGAACUUUUAUUAGCUUAA